AUCACUACGAGCGAGGUUAAAAUCGUACGAGCCAGGAGCGCGCUGCUCUCUCCUGCUAUCGGCUCUACCUGCUCGGCAGUGGCUCUCUGCCGAAUCCUGUGGUGUUUCCGGGCCGUGGGACUCACGUGCUGUGGUUCAUCCCGAGUGUUCGCGGGUUAAGGGACGAGGCACGGCCGCGGAACAACGAGAAUCCCGUCAAUUUCCUCGUUUCCCAGCACAGACGCGCGCCGCUCCUGGACUCAUUCGCGGACCGUCGCGUUACCUCGCCGAAAACGGACAGCCUGGUGAUAGUGAUGAGUGUUUCCCUGCUUGUGCUUGACGUCGUGGCCGUUGCUCGGAGCUUACGUGACUGUGACCGUGACUCCAGUGCCGCCGUAAUGUGCUUCAUGAGCUCGGCUACCGUGGAGAUGCUGAGGACGUGGCACGUGAACUCGACCAAAUGGUGGCUCUAAGGGGUCCCGCUGGCAAGCAUGAGGGAGAGAACACCCUCUGCUGACGACACCCCGAAGAGGGCCCCACCAGCACCACCCAGAGAAGCAGCCUCAGCAGACGUGGCCGGUAGCAAGACGAGCAGCGAGGCGGUAGAGAUUUUCCACUCAGAGAAGUUCUCUCCGGCAACGACGACGUCGUCCCCGUCGAACGUCGACACCAAGAUGGUCGCCUCCACGCACAAUCUCGAUGAUCUGGGCGUGAGCCAUCCAGCCAGCGCGAGCAGCGACCGUCAGCAACAGCAGGAGAAGCAUGGUCACACUUACAGAUCCGCUCAGACUGCUCAGGACAAGAGAAGCAGGCUCAGCAACGUGAUAAACAAUCUUAGAAAGAAGGUCCCUGACUCCAGGAACGGAGAUUCGCCGAGAAAAGAAGAGGACGACAGGAACAGCGUGGAGAGGAACCUUGAAACCCUGGAGAAAUAUGUGAUGACAGUGUUAAACGGUGUGAUCAAGGAUGAAGAGGAUGACGACAGGGAGGUUGGUAGGAAAAAAGAGGCCGAGAAGGGCAAAGAGCCUGAGAAAUUGGCUGCAGACCAAGAGGACGAGGAUUCAAAGGGUCCAGCAGCCAAAUUUGAGCCAUCAAAGCCUAAUGAGAGUAGGACAGAGGCUGCUGUCUUCCCCUCUGAGCGAUCUGACAAGCCUGAAAUAGAGGAAUCCUGCUUGGAACAUCAGAACACACUGAGGAACGAGGAGUCCAAUUGUUUAGAACUGAAGGAAAGCCAGGAGAGUCUGUCUGACAUUGUUUGUGAGGAAAGAGAGUCCUCAAAGGUGGAGAAUAGUGAGGAAGAUGAAGUCUGUAAGGGUGGCAAGUGUUCUUCCAAAGAAGCAAAAUCUGAGGAGCUGUCUGUGCAAGAUACAGGGAGGAAUAACAGUCUGGAAGAGGAGAAAAAGGAGAGUCGUUCUCUAGGGACAAUUAUUAUGGAAAGGUUGAGUGAGAAUCAGGCUGAGGAAAAGGGAAACGUUGAUGCUACUAAAGAAGAUAGUAGAGAUUACAUUUCUGAGAAUGUGGAACUUAGAAACGUGUGCAGAGAUCUGCUGAAUGACCUUUUGAAUGGCAUUAACCAGCUGAUCGACGAGAACAGCCAGGAAAAAGAGGAAAUAAGAACGUUAGACAUUUCCUUGGAAGAGUCUAAGGAAUCUAGGAGCCAAGAUUUCUCCAUGACAAGCUUACAUUGCAGUUUGCCUUUGGAUAAAGUGGCUUCUGUGCUGCAGAACUGUCAGUCGAAUGAACUAACAGUCCCUCAAUCGCCAUCCUCGCCUUCCUCUUCUCAGGGCUCAAAGUCUCCUUGCAAACUACCUUCACCAACAGUCCGGCACCUGUGCUUGUACUGUGACAGGAAGUUCAUGUCAAUAUCCCUGAGGCAACGACAUACUGAAAGAGUUCAUCAACAAGGUGGAGGCAGGAGGUCUGAGAGAAACUCAAGGAAACCAUCACAGAACUGCCAGUAUUGCUCUGACAGGUGUGCAGAGAGUUUGGAGGGCCUGUUCCAGCAUAUGGUUGGCAGCCAUGGGGACAAGUAUCAUGGUUGCUUGCAGUGCUCCACCAGGUACCUCACAAGGGAGGCCCUAGCUGGGCAUAUGAGUGAGAAUCAUAGUGUCAGUGUGGAGAGGAACCUUCAGUUUCAGGAGAAGAUGAAGGAGCCUUCCCCAUGCAAGGAGCUAGGCAACCACAGUCCAAGAGAGCCCUCAAGCCCCAAAGAAAGAAGAUCAGAAGAGCCAGAUUAUGAAUAUAGGGCAGAAUCCACCCUACUAAAGCCUAUGCUCCUAGUGAAAGACACUUUUAACAAUCCUGGCAGCCCAGAGUUCGACAGUUCCUUCUACAGCAGCGUCAGCUGCAACAUCCGUGAGAAUCUGCUCCAUCACCUUGAUGGCAAGCUCCAGAGCUCAUCAUCUAACAUCUCGUCCACCAGCUCCUGUAUAGUGGACAACAAACCUCAGCAACAGCCGCAGCAACAGUCCUUUUACGAGCACAACGUCAACCAAAUUCAAUUUCCCAUUGACAUUUCGUUGACAGCUGCCACACCAGUCUACUCUAAAGAGUAUAACAACGAGGAGUACGAGAAUAGCAGUGAAUAUGCCCAGAAGCCUGGCAAGAGCAGUAGGUCCCAUCCAAGAAGAGUCUCAUUUGAGAAAUACAACUUCCCUAGAAAGUAUGAUGGCAAAGAACAAUGGACUUGCUCUAUAAAGGAUCUCAGCAAGUUUGAUAUCUCCACUCAAUUGUCUUUGAGAAAGAAGCAGCAAUUGCUGAAGGAAAGACUGGGUUUGUGCAGACUGCACCAUGUUCAUGUCCCUUCUGAGACUACUGAUAUUUCUCAGGAUGAACAGAAACUUGGUUCCAGAAGUCCUAAAGAGCCUGAAAAUAUGGAUGAUGUCUCUACAGGUGUAAGUAAACAAGAGAUAGAUCAGAAGUCACGUUUGGACGCUUCAAAAUGUAUGGAGAACAAGUCUGAUGGCUCUGAAGGGAAGUCACUUCAGAAUACUGAGUUCAGUAUUGAGUUUGGGAGCUUCCUGAGGCUGAGGAAGUGGGAUGAGAAGAUGUCUGUUGAGGCUGCUAAGAAGCAUGAAGUUGUGUAUGCUGAGUUGACAGGAGAGUGGUCCAGGCCUAGGGUCUACAUCUGUGGCGCCUGUGCCACCAAACAUGUCACUCUAAAGGAAAUGGAGGACCACAAAGUGACUUCUCAUCCAAACGUCUGGUGCUCCCAUUUUGAGUUUUCCGGCGACCAAAGGGAGCUUUACAAGCACCUGUUCCUUCCAGGAAAGGAUAUACCUACUGCAAAAGCGAAGGCGGCCGUCUUGGCAGAGAAAGUGUGCACCAAGUGUUCCAAGAAUUGUACCACUCUGCCAGAGUUGCACAGGCAUAUGUUGGAGUGUGGUGGAGACCAGGCUUGGUUGUUAGGAUUAUUUGGCAAUGGGAAGAAGAAGUGCAAGUGGAGACCAUUUGGAAGUCGCAGUAGGAGAAGGAGGCAGCGUGGAAUGAAGAGGAACAUCCAAAACUCCCAGACACCAAGGGUGAACACACCUAAGGAGAAACAACCUACGGGGCCAAGAGUCAGGCCCAGUGAUAGAGAGAGCAUACAAAAGAUGCUGGCCAAUUUACCACCUAAAAGGGCCACAAGGAAGGUGUUGCAGGACAGUACACUCAGGACACAGGGUAGACUACGCAAUGUGCAGACCAGAACGAGACCACGAAUGGUCGGCGACAAUUCCAGCGCGUCUCGACUCUCCCGGAACAAGGCUGCCCUGAGGAACAAGUUACUGAAGAACGCGAAGUCGAUCCAGCGGAAUCGUUGCAGGAUCGACAAUAUUUCAGCGGUGAUCGAGAGCGUUGUGAGGAACUACACACCAGAGGACAAGAAAUCUGACGUCGUGGGAGAGAGGAACGAGCUUGACAAAGAAACCAAAGAGAAACCAACUGAGGGAACUUCUUCUAUAAAAGAUGACGCCCUAUUAGAUGAAAAAGGAAACAGGGCGAAGGUAGUCAGAGGUCCCAGAGUGCUCGGUAAGAAGAGAAACGUUAAAACGAAAGAGGGAACAGUGAAAAGUGUGGAUCAGGUGAAGAAAACUGGUAGCUUGAAGGUCAAGGCUAAGGCUGCGUCGAAGAAUUCACCUGAGGCAAAAACAGAUGCAUCUAGUGACGCUACGAGAUCCUUGAAGAGCUCCAAAAUUUCUUUAAAAACUGUAGAGAAGGUAUCAGAAGCAGAUGGAUUAGAGACUAGCCUAGGUGAGAGCAAGUCCCCCAGUCUGGCUACGAAGAGCAAGUCUUCUAAUCAAACAACACCCAAGAGGAAGCGACCAGUGGACCCUGUAGCCUCCUUGAAUGCUUCAAUCAAGGCGAAAUCGCAGCUGAGAACGCAGGAUGGUAAGUUUGCGAAGAAUCCUAACAAAGAUGCUUCACCUCAGAAAUCUCCAGAAAUCAAGUCUCCUGUUUCUGGGCGUCCAGUGGCUAAGGGGAAGGGGAAUGAGGCUAGUCCAGAGUCGUCAAUGACCAGGUCCAAACUGAGAGCUGUCUCCAGGUUCAAGAAUGGCGAGCAGCUGCCCAAAAGGAACACCAGGUUGUCUUCAGACAGUGACAAGAUGCCCACAUUGGAACCAGCUGUUCAAUUCUCUUCCAAUGGUGAGGAAUAUGCAGAGACUUCUGCCAAUGACCUGCCCAUACUGUCACCAGCUACACCAGCCUCAAAUCCAGAAAAGCUUCUACGUGGCAAACAUUUGGUCAGCAAGACUUUGAACCUAGAUGACAAGGAUAAUUCAAAGAGAGGUGAGGAAAGUGAGGAAACAGAGGGGAAAAGUGAGUCUAGAGGGAAUGUACAGGGUGAAGAAAAGGAACAGAAACAGGGUAAAGGUAGAAGAGCAAAGGGUGAGGUAAGAAAUCUGGAUAAGAGUCUGGAAUGUGCUGCUGCCUCCAAAGAAGUGUCUAAAGGUGUUUCAAAGGAGAAAUUUAAGAGGAAAAGUGCUCCUGGGAGGAUUGUGAACAUUGAGGAGAAGAAGACACCAGCGAAAGGUCCUGAAGAGGUGAGUUUGAAGAAAGAAAUGAGGCAGAAGAAGGAAGAGGGAAGAUUGGAGACAAGGAGUAAUGCUAAAGCAAAAUUGGAAAAGGUACUCGACGAUGACAGUCCAAUGAAGAUACAAAAUGUUCCAUUUGAAGUAAAAAAACUAAUAGGAUCUGACAGUAAAGAGGAUCUACUGACCAAGUUAGUCCUCACUUCCAGGAUUGCUACUUCCAAACGGUGUCUCAGGCAGCCUGUGUCUAAACUGAGACCUGAACAGGGUAAGGGCAAGGUCAAGAGAGAUUUAGAGCUACAAAAAGCAAAAUUGGACUCAGAAUCUAUUUCAGAUGCCUCUACAAAGAAAGAGAAGUUCGAUGCCAGAAGAAAAUCUUUGAGAAGCACGGAUAAAAAGGACAAGGUUGCAUUAAAAGAUGACAAAAUGGUACUAGAUGAGGUCAGUAAGAUUAGGGAGGCAGUAAAUGAAGUGAAAACAGCAAUUAGGGGUCGUAGAAGCAGUAGUCUGUCCAGUGACAGUAAAUCCGUGAUAAAUACUAACCAGACACUGUUGUGUGAUAGCCAAAGUAAGCAAGAAGUUGAAGUUAUAGUGCAGAAUAUUGACAAGAGACAGACCAGAGGCUCACUGUUGAAUUUUACUGAGGGAGAGGCCCAAAAUGAAGACAACGACAUGCCCCUGAAGAAGAAUAGCCUUGGGAAGAGACGUGGUCGAAUUAAAUCAAUCAAUGAUACACUUGAUAAAAAGAACAGUGAAAUGUAUCAAGUAAGGAGUGAAGAAAUUGACAAAAAUACCUCCAGUGAAUCCAUUGAUGAAUCCAAAUCUGAUGAGAAAGAUAGUAUACAAUUUGAAGAGGGUAAUCUUGCCAAGAACAGACAAGAAGAAAGUGACAAAAACGAGAAAGAGUUAGCACAAGCUUCAAAUCCCUCAGAAAAUAGUGAAACAGGCAAGGUGAACUUGAAUCUGAAUCAUUUGCAAGUGGAAACCAGUAAUUCUGUGGAUAGUGGUAAAGAGAACUCGUUGGAGAUACGUGCACCUGUUCAGAAAUUGAAGGUUGGCAGGCCUAGGAAGUCCUGGGGAGCCAAAAAGGAGAGGGCAUCAAAGAGGUCCUUGAAUAAUGUAAUUGGUAUCCUCACAGAGGGCAUGAAUAUUCCGGUGGUAACUCAGCAAAAUGUUUUAAGUGCUCAAAUAACCUCAGACAGUGCAAAUUCUGGUGAAUUUCUUCAGAACAAUAAUCAGGAGCCUUGUGAUGGCAAUUCUAGGUCUCAAAGUAUAGAAAAGAAUAAUAAGUUCUCAGAAAAUAGUGUUCCAGAGGUACCAAGUGCUUUUGAUACGUUGAUUGAAGAGAUACCUUGUAUUCCUGAACAGAUUGAAGAGGUUUCCAAGAAGGAUUUGAGCAUGGAGAGCCCCAUCAUGAAAAAUCAGAAGAUUGAAUCUCCCUCUAAAGACAUCAAAGAUCAGACACCACCAGCCAAUGAUAUAAUUUUAGACUUGUCUAGAAGGAAGCAGAAAGGUAAAGGUUCAUUUUUAGAAAAGAUUGUCUCAAAGAUAGCCAAACAGAAGGAUGCUCUACUGGAAGGUGAGGUUGGUUCUCUGUUAGAUACAGCUGCUGACGAGCUUACUAGUAUUCUGGACGAGGUUGGGACUGGUUUUCCAGAAAGUUCAGAGAAUUCAGUCAAUAAAACAAGAAUAGAGAAAAAAGUUGAGGAUAGUAGACAGGAAAUCGAUCAGGAAUCCAUUAAAGAGAAUUGUCAAGAUAUCCUGAUACCCAAAUUAUUUGACAAAAGCUUAGGAAAUAAUGAAACUAAAGUAGAGACUGAAGAAAAAAAGUUACCUUUACAAAAAGAAGAACCUUCUAAAAAAAAUCCUGAUCAGAAAGAGGUAAACAGUGAAUCCAUUAAUUCUUCCUAUCAAGAAGUAACUGAUCAACAAGUUGAAGUUAAAUGGCCAAGUGAGAUUGAGAAAAAUACUUCCUUGGAAGUUCAGAGUGAUCCAAAAGUACAUGAUAAGGUUGUUUCUGUUGUAUCUAGCCUAGUCCCAAAUGGAAUUCGACUACCGGUCUCUGAAAAUAUCCCACAGCCUUCAUUAAAUGGUUCAACAGAGGUUUGCUUGCCAAAAGAACAAGAUAAGGCAGUGAAGAAGAAUGAAGAUAUAGUAAUCAAGGACACAAAGGUAAAAAGGAAGUCCAAGAAGAGGUCGUUGGAGGGGAAUUCACCAAAGAAAAGCAAGAGAAAGUCCAUGGAGCUAGCAGAGAACUCCGAGGAGCUGCAUGUAAUCGAAAAAUCAAAGCAAGUGCCUUCUACCAAAGAAAAUGUCGACGACGAUUCGUCCAGUGAGGUUAGUGGAAAGAAAGUUCAAUGUGGCAAAAGGAAAAGUAUUACUGAUGAACCUGAAACAAAAUAUUCAGAAGAAAACAAAAUUGUUGAAGAUGUUCAAAUAAUUGAAGAUCCAAAUGAAAGUGCUAAGAAGCUCAAAGUCCAUUCUGCAGAAGACAAAGUAGCAGAAAUUAAUGAAAACAGUAUUGAAGACCCUGCUAGUGUAAUGAAGAAUAAAGAUGAAGAAGAAAAGUUUUCUUCAUUAUUGAGGAUAACUGGAAAGAGGAAAUCUUAUGUGGAAGUAAUGGAUCAGUAUCCAGAAGUGGAAUUUUCAGCCAGAAGGUCCUCCAAGAGGAGAUCCCUUCAGGAAGAGAAAACUAACCAGUUUAUUGAAGAAGAUACAGUGUCCAAAGUGGAAUGUGUUGAAGUGAAGGAAUCUUCUGUGGUUGAAGAGAUAUCUGAAGACAUCAGAGGUCUAAACAGAAGAUCUUCGCGGAUGAAAUCUAUGAUCCAAGCAAAAGAUGUUGAAAAUGAUCCUGUUAUUAGUAUUAGCAAUAUUACUCCAGUGGAAGAUCCUGAAUUGCCAGUGGAAGAUUCUUUAGAGAAGAAAGAAUCGUCAAGAGUUGAAGUUCUAGUUGUAGAAUCUACGAUAUUAAAUACUUCAGAAGAAGUUAAAGUGGUUGAGAAAGACACUACUUUUAAAAAUACAGAAAAUGAAGCAACAAAUGAAGAAGGUAUUCAGAAUGCUCCAAUGAUUGACUCAAAGGAAUCAGAAAAGAUUGAAGAAGCUCCAGUUGUCCCCAAAGUGCCCAAGAAACGAGGUAGAAAGAAGAAGUGCCAGAUUAUUGAUCAAACACAGGCACAGGCUAAUGAUUCUCAAGAAAAUCCUAGCUCAAAAUUGGAAAUGCAAGUUAUAAAACCUGACACAGCCAUUUCGAACCAACUUCCACCCAGGAGAUCGUUAAGAACAAGCAAAUUUAAUGAAGAAACUGAAGACCAAAGCAAAAAUUUUGUUGAUUUGACUAAUGUGCAGAUUGCAUCUCCCAGUUUGGAGCCUUUCAAGGUUCCAGAGGUGACUGAAGUGCUGCAGCACACUAAAAAGCGAACCUACAAAAAAAGAUCAACUACUGACGAUCAUUCAGACACUCAAAAUAAUUGUACUGUCACAACAGAACCUGAGGUAAGUAAUGCAGAAUGUCCAGAAGUGAGCAAAAGUUUGGUAGAAAAAGAGGAACAGUCUGAAAAUUCCAGCCUCAAAGUUCCCUCUGAGAGUUAUAAACGUUCCUCUAGAAGUUCUAACAGAGAACAAUUGGAUCUGGAAAGAUCAAGCUCCUCAGGAUCCAUAGAUCUGACUCAAAGUAACAGAAUAAGGUCAUCCAAGAGGAAACAGCUGUCCUCGGAGGAUCUGUUAGGCCAGGAAAGCCCCAAUCAGCGAGCAGAAAGUGUAGACAACUUGUCUGAAACCUCGUGUGUCAGUGAGUCUAGUUAUUUCAGGAAGAAACGUUUUUCAAAGAGGAAGAAGGAAUUCCAGGAGCCCCCAGAAGAUGUGCAGACAGAUACUUCAAUCACAGACUCCGAAUCUAUGGAUACAGAGAAGAGCACAGACAGAAGGCAAAGUUUAAAAAGGAGAGCUAAAAAAAACAUAUCCUUUUUUGAAGAAUUUGAUCUAGUAGAUGAUUUUGACAUUCCAAUGGACAUUCAGGACUUAAUAUUAAGUGAAGACACUAUUUUCAACAGAGCUAAAGAAGCUAAAGAAUUAUCUGUUGAGGACAAAGUGGUUGAAGAGGCAUCUUCAAAUGAGGUAUCUAAUCAAAAUGAAGAACCAGAGGAGGAAAAAGUGGAAGAAAUAGUCCAAGAGGAGUCCAAAAUGUCACUCAUUGAAGAAGAAGAGGAAGAUGAAGAAGACGGAGAACAGAAAGAUGAAGAAGAUGAAGAACAGAAAGAUGAAGAAGAUGAAGAACAGAAAGAUGAAGAAGAUGAAGAACAGAAAGAUGAAGAAAAGGUGGAUUCUAAUGUGGACAGCAUUUCACAGGCACAGGAUGAAUUCCAGACACCGAAGAAAAGGACAGCAGGUAACUAUGUAGUGGUCCACAGGAAGACUGGAGAGAUUCUAAUAGUAGAGAAGAGGAAGAAGCUGACGAAAGAGGCUGCAAAGUUCUUCUGUGAUGUAUGCACCACCAGCUUCACCAGGAAAAGUUCGCUAAAGAAGCACAACCAGUCCCAGUCACAUCUGCUGCAAAUAGCUAAGUUUAGAAAGGAGAAAACAUGCACAGAGGAUAAUAAAAAUAUUGAGGAUACCUGCAACACUAACCACAAUGAUAUUUCCAAUGAUGAGAAUAAAAGUGUGACUGAUGAAGUGAUGAAUCUUUCCUUGGAAUCAAAGAACAAUCAGAAAGAAACUGAUAUGUCAGAACCAAUCAUCAAUCAGAAGGAUUUGGAAUCUGUGCAGAAUGAUUCUUGCUACAUCAAUCCAUUAGAACAGGAAUCUUUGAUGGAUUCUCAAACCACUGAACAGCAUAUUUUUGAGGAUGAGCUCCUGGAUGAGGAAAUCUGUAAAAUCACUGAAAACAUGAGCCAUGACGAGUACGUUCUGACUGAUCACGUGAGUCCUGAGCCUGAAUCCACGUCCACACCCAUAAAAAUAGAGAUUAAGAAGGUGGAAGCAGAAGUGAAGAGGAGGAAACACGAGACAAAAAAGGAUAAAACGAAAAAGAAGAGUCUGACUGACGAAGAAGUUGUUUUAGAUAGUCCUGAAUUAGAAACUCCCUCAGAUUCAACGUUGAUAACUGUUUUAGGGGCCAAUAUGUCCAUUAAAAUCACAAAAUCUUCACAUUUGAAUAUGUUGCAGCCUAAUUUCGACAACAAGGAUGUUUUAGAAGACAGUGAGGGUUGUUGUUCAUUUGAAGACUCUUCUAUUGUGACUAAUGUGAAACCUAGAACUGAUAUUUCACCAGUGAAAGAGAGUGAGUUCAAAGAAAAGUGUUCAGAAUAUCUUCCAAGGCUGCAAGAGUGCCAGGGUGUGGACAUGGAGGUAGAGGACACAAUUUUAAGAACAGAAGUGAACAAAAUUGUGGAUAGUAAUAAAGGAUACCAAUUAGAUCCUGAUGAAAAGACUGAGAAUUGUUUCAGAGCUAAUUUAGAGGAUAGAGAUAACAAGGAGAGACAGCCACAUGAACAUUUGAGCCUGAAAUUCACCAUAAAUAAACGCAGCAUAGAACAAUGUAAAGAAAUUGAUUCUGAGAGUAAGAAAAGUUUUGAAUUAAAUUAUUCAAACAACAUGAAAUUUGUGCAAGUUGACCCACUUAAACAGAUUAAUCAUUCUGAACCAGAAACUGAUCCAAUUGAGGAAGAUUUAAAUUUAAGUUCGUCUAAAACCCUUAGAAAAGGAAGCAGAAGGAAUUUGGAGAACUUGGAAGAAUUGAAUAUCUCUAAAGUACAAAAUCUUGAGGAAGACACAAUGAAUCUAGAUAAUUCAGGUGAUCAAGAAACUCCUGCGAUUGUUGAGGAAAAAAUCGAGAUUGAGAAACAAAGUGAACCUUUAAAAACUUCACGACAUGGCAAAUCUAAGAAAAACAAAGCUAAGAAGCAUCUUGAAGAGGCAGAAAAUAAUUCAGAGGACAAAAUUGGCAAAAAGUCUCCUAGGUCUAAAGGUAAUCAAAACAAACUAGUAUUUGAUGAAGUAACAAAACUUCCAGAAAUCAUAAGUGAUCAAGAAACAUUUUACAAGAAAGAGGAGUCAAACUGUUUGGUACCCAAUUCACAAUUGGAGAUUAAUUUUGAUAAGACAACCAGCCCUAUGCAAACAGAGAACAAAUUAGAACAUGAAUCUAAAGGGUUAGAAAUUGUUGAAGAACAAGAAACUGAAAAGCUCUAUCCUGAACCAGAAGUUUCAGAAGGAAUUAGUUUGAUAAAAUCAGUAGAGGUGCAACAGAUUCAUGAUAAGAAUAAAAUCAAACCCUUCCAGUCCAUGGAUGAUGAUGAAAUUUCAUUAUCAUCAAGUCUUGCAGAUAAACCCUUAUCACAGCUGUUAUUAGACAGAGAGGAGAAAAUAGAGUCUUCCACAAUUUUCUUGAAGGAUUGUGACAACGAACACAAGUCACAAGAUAAGUCAGAAACAGAUGACAUCAAUUCUAAGACCAAUGAAUAUAAAAUUGAUGAAAAUUCAAUGGAUACUAAUGAGUUAACUGAUAAUCAAAAGUCUGAUGACAAAGAGUUGACAAGUAAUGACCAGUCAAAACUCCAAAUUGUGUCAGAAGAGGAAUUUGAGCAAGAAACAGAGUUAAAGUCAGCAGAAAAUUCUGAAAAAGAAUCCAAAAUCUCAUCUGAAUCUGAGAAUAGCGAAGCAGUUCCCUUAAUAAAGAGUGUUUCUAAUGAGAAACAGUCUUAUAACACAGUGGAGACAAAAACAAUUAGUAACAGUCGAAAAUCUAGCACCAGUGAUCAUCAAAGUUUGUGCAAAAAGGUAUCCAGAGCUCAUAAAUACAGUAACAAAGACAAUUAUAAAAAAUCCAGAAAUAAAAAGGUUUCUUUGAGGAAUAAGAUUUCUGAACUAACUAGUGAGAGUGAUGACACUGAAAGUGAGGACAAAAUCGAGUCCCAGAAUAAAAGUAAAAUAGUGAAAAGUGUGUUUGGCAGAGUUUUUGGCGGUGAAAAGACAGAUAAAGUGAAAGAAGUGUUAAAUGAUUGGGUGUCCAAGUCAGAAGAUGAUUCAGAGACCUCAAGAACUGAAUUUGAAUCCUCCAGUCCUAGUGAAGUGAAGAUUAAAGGACCCUCAGGGUUAAAAAAUGAGAACAAGGACACUAAAAGACACUCAGUUUUAUCCUCCAUGCCUUUCAGUCCCAAGAAACGUUCAGCAAAGAGGUCAAAGAAGAGUUCUUCUUCAGACAGAGCUAAAGAGAAGAGUUCAGUACCUGAGAACCAAGAAGAACAACGUUCUGGUAAGCACAUAAAGUCAAAGAACAGCUCCAACAACAAAAAGAAACAUGAACCAGACACUUCAAAUGGCUACUUCCUAGUUCUACCUCCAAGAAAGUGCAGACCAAGUAAGAAGAGAGCUGAGGAAUUAAUUUCCAGGACCUUUGAGAACGAUUUCUUGGAAUCCAAUGUUGACAAGAGCCAAAAAUCAUCUAAACACAAGGAGGGCAAUUAUGGAUUGAGGAAUCAAGGCAAGCCUGACCUGACGAUCAAAGACAGUGGCUAUGGAUCCUUCAAUUAUGAUGAGGAUUCCACAAAAGUGGUUAUUCUUCCCUUGGAGGAUCUCACAGAGGAUGAUCAAAAAAUAGUUAAGAGGAGAAAAUCAUCAUCCUCAAGAAAGAGCAAAAGUAAGACUGAUGAUGAGGAUUGGAGGGACCUAGUGAUAGACAAGAGGAACUUGAAGAAUUCUAAAGAAUCUGGAGAUGAAGAGAACUGUUUCAUCAAGGAGCUUCCUCAAAGAGAGUCUUUGACCAGUAGGCUAUCAGUUAAUCUAGAAUCUUCUCAAAGUUGCAGUAGUCUAGCUCCUAGUAGUGUGAGGAACAGGUCACCCAGCAUGGACAGGAACUCUCAGACAACUAGAGACUCAGAUGUGGAUGAGGAAGAUGAGGACUUAGGUCACAGAAGAAUAUCCCCUCUGUUUAUAUGUGGAACCCCCAGGAGUUCCAUUGAGAGCAGCUCUAACAGUGAGAAUGAAAAGGAGGAUGAGAAUGUGACUGUAAAUGAGGCUGUUACAAGGAAGAGGAGCUCAAGUGAGUUCUCUGGAGAGAAAAUUGUAAUCAGAUCACCAUCCUCCACACACAAGGGUGAAGUGGUUACCAUUACACCCACUGAUGCCAUAGAGGACAAUGCUUUGGAUGUGCCUCAAGAAAUUGAGACUACAAAGCCUAGACAGGGCAAGGUUUUAAACUUUGAUGAGGAACUAUUUGUUGAGUGCUGCUCCAGACUGAAAGCUACUACUGAAAAUGAACUUAGAGGUGCCAAGAAGAUUAAAUUGGACCACAACGAGGCCUAUCACAGGAAGGAUGAUCAACAACAAGGGUUCCGGGGACCCAGGGAUCGCUGGAGAGACGUGGAGAGCCAGAACAGUUUGGGAAGCCUGUUAGAAUCAGUAAAUCAGUUACUGGGUGAGGAGAUGUACAGCGCCAGGGAAGGAGAUUACCCAAAACGAGGGAGUAGAAAUCUGAGAAGUGAACACUCUAGCAGAUCAGCCAGCCCAGACAUGUCCAGAGCUGACAACUUAGGUUAUGAAGACAGUCUGGAUGUAGCAUUUGAGCACAACAACAAGCUCAGGGACAAAAUUCAACAGCGCAUGAGGGAGAGUGAAAACCUUAUUGCCAGUACUUUUAGUCAGAAGAACAGCAUUGAGAUUGUGGAUGGUGAACAGCUUUCUAAAAAUAAUGAACAUAACAUGUUAAGGAAUACAUACUCCCACUUGCAAGAGCAAAGGCGGCAUUUGUCUGGCACAAAUUUGUUAAAUGGAGGCUACAAUGAUACUUCCCAUGUCAGAAGUCUACCAGAGCAACAAGGUACAGGGAAAAUGAAUUUGGAUUCUUCUGGAGCUCUUAAGAGCAAGAUGAACUCUUCACUGGGAGGUUUAUUGGACAAAGCAUUGUCCAACCUGUUGCAUAACAAUGAAAAGCAUGAUCACAAUGGAUCCACUCCAAUGAAGGUUCUGGCAGAGCUAGCAUGUGCUCGAGCCCCAACAUCUACAACUGAAGAACAAGCAUCUCAAGAGGUGGUCCAGGCUGUGGGGACCAUUUCACCUGGCAAGGAUUCAGUGUCAGAUGCAAGUCCCAUAGAUAUGCCUAAAGACCUCCAAAAAAAGACUAGAAAUCCUAUCAAAGAGUUAUUCGAAAGGAAGAAGGAGAUAAAUGAAAGAAAACAGCAGGAGAAGUCAAAAACAGAAGCGGCCCUUCGAGAACUGAAUGUACACAGACAACGCAAGGCAAAGAAGACGAAGAAGCACCAGGACUUUCCUCUGAUUCGUCGUGGAGAGCAUGGAGGACUAGUUGAGAGGAAGAAACGACGUGACGGCUUUGAAAGGAAGGAGGAAUUUGUCUCAGACAGGAUUAAGGAUGUAUACGAGUUUGACGAGGAAGAAAGUCAGAUGGAGCCUAACCUGGGAAGUGUGAUGUCUUACAGGAGCAGGCCAGGCUAUGAGGUGAGUUGUCUGAAAACCAAGGAAGUGGAUGUAGCUGGUCUGAUGUCCAAGGCUAUUGGAGAUAGCCUAGAGAAUGGUAAAACUGGUGAUGCUCUGAGCAGCAGAUUGGAAUCUAUGAUUGAUAGGAAGUUCAAAGAGUUGGAAAAGUUUGCUCCAAAGACAAAGGGAGCAUUGAAGGCUUUCCAAAGUGAAGAUCAGCAGAGACAGGUCACUGGACCAAUGGAUGAGUUUGUGGAGAGGAAGCAACCGAAGGGAAAAAAGACUGUGGAGCCAUCUCUGAAGCACUCUAAGCUAAAGAAGCGUAGCAAGAAUCCUAAGAAAAAGACUAGAAACGCUUGGUACGAGAACGACAGCUCUGAUGAGUACAGAACAGCAGUGAAGACAGAGGAUGUUGGAGUAGGCAUUUCAAAGAGUCAGAGAACCUGUUCUAAAGGAAAACAGAACAUCUUUGCGGAGUUGUAUACCUCCUCAGAGAGUGAAUUUGAAGAUGAGGAUGUGGAUUUUGAGUCCAGAAGACAAAGAAGAGUGAAGAAGACCACGAAGAAGGCUACAGAAUUUCAGAAUGUGGAUCAGAGCCAGGAAUUGGUUAAUAAAUAUUCUUCUGAGAACGAAGAUCAUGUGGACGACUGGAGAAGCGAAGAUUUGAAGGACAACGCAGCCAAACAUGAUUCUGACAAUAAGAAGUCUGAGUCAGAGAUGUCUGAUCAUCCUCUGGUUAUCGAUGAGAGGAAAGACGUGGACGAGCAGAGGAACAGUGACGAGGAGAUUGAAAAUCAAUACGAGAGGAACUUCGAAAUGGAUGAUUUAUACAGAGAAGAUAGUUCUGUAGUUGACUCAGAUGCAGAAGAACCAAUAAACACAGUACAACCAAACGUCCCAGAGGAAUCUGGAGCAAAAAGUCCAUGUCUGCCACAAGAGAAGAUUGAUAACAAGACAGAUUACAUGCAGGAAAAUGAACUAAUCCCUCUUGAAGAAGCUCUAGAUCUCCUGGACCAAGCUGACAACGAAACAUCCCUAGAAACAAAGUAUGGUAACGUGAACGUGAACAUCAAACCUGUGGAAAAUAUUGAUACAGUAGUAUCAACAGAACUUGAGAAGGAAAUGUUUACUCAUGUGCAAGAGCCAACAGCGAAAUCUCCAACAACUGAGGAGGAGCAGGAGGAGGAACCUGAUAAUGAUCUCUUAGUCUUGCCAGAAAAAUUGUCCAGCAAUGAGAAGCCACAAAAAGAGUCAGAAAAUCUUCCCCUUCAUGUAUUCCUGAGCAGAAAGGUGCAAGAGUCGAAGAAGAGGAAGGAGCAGCAGUUGAAAAAGAUGCAAGAGGAGCAAGAGAGGAUAUUGAUGGACUUUCAACCUACCAGAAGACAGAGGAAGUGUGCCAUUGGUAAGCAGGGAUUGUUGGCAGAGAUAAGCAGCUCUGAUGAAGAGACAAAUCCAAGGGAUAGAAGAACCAACGACAGGUCAGACCAUGAUAAGCCACGCAAACAGAAGAGGGAAUCGAAGGAGAAGAGGAAGGAGAGGUACAUAGAGAAAAAGCAUGAGCAGAUGAUAGCGAAGGAACAGAAAGCCAUAGAGGAAGAGAUACUGAGGGAGGUUGGGAAGAAAAAAGAAUCCCUUGCGCAGAAUAUUGCAGACGUAACGGCAGACGUCAAUGGCACGAAGGAACCAGAGAAGACAGAAUCAAUAGACAGAAAAGUAAUACAAGAACCAGUACAGAAGAAGAAACACCAAGUGAAGGACAAACAGAAGAAACAGAAUAAAACAGAUGAAAACACUUAUGCCAAAAAUAACCGUGAAGGACUAAGUGAUCUAGAGAAUAAUUGUAACAAGUCUGUAUCAAUUGAAACUAACCAUGAGAGUGAGAGUAAACAAGAAUCUUCUACAAAGCAGAAGAAGCACUCCAAGUCUCCAAUAAAACCGAAAAAGACUUCAAAGACAGACAUAAAAGUCACAACAAUAGGUAAAAAGAACAAAAAUUCCAAUACUGAGAAGAAGAGCAAGGCAGAUUCAAAGGGAUCAAAGGACAAGGAACGUAGAUCAUCUAGUGGUAAAAGGGACUCUGAUGACGAAGAGCUGAAGACAACGAAAUCUUGGAAUAAAGUGGAAGAAGGUGUCGGAGUGGCCAUUGGUCGACGAAAACGAGCAGCUGCCAAUCAAUUAUAUUAUUGGUCCAGUUCAAGCGAUGAGGAAGAGAUACUUGAAGUGGUUCCUGUAGUUGAGGAGGAGGAAGACGACCGUCAGGAGCAACAUGGCUGGAUCGUCGGUGACUCCCAUAAGAGAAUGAUCACCAUGCUCGCCAUGGAGAAGCAACUGAAGGAGAAACGUCGAAGGAGUGAAGACGAGUUCGAGCCUGGCAAGGCAAAGAGUAAAAAGCACAGAAACAGCACCUCUUGAUACGUGUUUCAUGACUAGGUUCGUUCAAGUGACUAGGAGCAAGGCUGAAGAAUGUAUUAUUCUUUCAGAGAAGUGUAAUGAAGACAGAGAUAACAACUUUUGUAAAACUAGGUUCCUUCAAAGUGAACAGGAACAGUUCCUUUUUCGAAAUUAGGAAAUAUAGCUGAAUGACUCUUAGAGAGUCCAAACAACAGCACAAGAACUGCGAAUAAUACUUGAUACACGUUUUAUAAACUAGGAUCAUCAUCGAAGCAGUUAGAAGUGACUGAGGAGUACACUGUUUUUUCUUAUGUGGACAAAUAUGAAGCAGAAGAAUAUAGGGAGGAGGAAAAACACAGAAAAAGCGGAAGAGCACAUAGAAAAAACUUUUGAUACGCAUUUCAUGACUAGGUUUUUUUCCUUUU